AAUGCAGACAUUAAAUCCACGUCUGGACCCUGACCGCUCUGGUAGCAACAAUAAAAACAAACAAUAAAAGGAUUAUUAACUAACUCGCUUAACUAACUUGUAUAUCUCUCAGAAACCAAUUUCAGAUUUCUGGAAUGCGAGCGUGGUGAGGCCGAUUUUAUGUUAAAACGCCCUGCCAUAAUGUCUGACGUCGCUCCGGAGGAAACUCCUCCCACACCGGCUUGCCGUCACUAAACAAACGGACCCUCCCGGAACCAGGUUCCUGGUUCUGCUGCGACCGGAAGCUCAGAAAACCGGAGACACUGGGCAGGUAAGACCGACACCAGGUGGACACUUCCUGUCUCCGCUGGAGGACAUAAAACAAAUAUCAUUGUUUUAUGAUAUUUUUAGCUUCCAACUUCCUUAAACACGCAGCAUCGGUGAGAUCAGGUUUUAAACGGCAUAUUUAUGGUUUCAUAAAUAUCUGUUAUUUAUUAACCAAGUGCUUUAAAGAUGAUCCAAGAAAUAAUCAGACCAUUUUCCUUUCAUUUGUUUAAAAAUGUAAACAAAGUAUUUUUUCCAAAUGAAAGAUUUGUGAACAAACCGUAAAUCUAAGCUUGAGUCGGUGACGUCACUCAAUUCUCUUCUUUAAUAAAGUAAAUUACACAAGUCAAAUGUAGAAGUGCAUAAAUAAACAGUAUGAAAGUUUGUCUGAAUGUCGGAAUCUGUCGGUAUUCAAUAUUUUAAUUAUAUAAAAUAUAGUUUCUAAAAAGUAAAAAGUAAACUUCAAGUUUCAUUUAAAUGAAACUUUAAUCCUGAGCUUUCUGGAGGUGUAUGUACACUUAUGACCCUGAAUGGAUCCUGAUUUAACUUCCUGUUUCCUGUGGUGGGUUGGAGGUUUAACUGCGUGUCCCCAGGUGUCCUCCAGAGUUCUGCCUGCAGGUCCAGACCAGCUGAGUGCUUUCAGUGGGUGUUUGUGUCCCCUCAGGGUGGAGACAUGUCCUCAGACCAGGAGCAGCCGCUCACUGCACUGAUCCCAGCGGACCCGUUGGACUCGUCGGACCCGUUGGACCCGUCGGAUCUCGUCCUGGACCCAGACACUACCAACAGCUGGCUCCUCGUGUCUCCGGACCUGCGCAGGGUGACGGUUUCGGAUCGGUACCAGAACUACCCGCAGAACCCGCAGCGGUUCAACGCGGAGCUGCAGGUUCUGAGCCGGGCGGCGCUGACGGGUCGCCAUGGCUUCGAUGUGGAGUGGAUGAGCGCCGACAACCGGGCCGCCGUCGGCGUCGCUCUGGCGUACGGAAGCGUUCCCAGGAAGGGGGCGGGCAGGGCCGCGUUCGGGCGGAACCGGGCGUCCUGGUUCUUCGCAGCAGAGGGAGAUGUUCUGACUGCGUGGCACGGCGGGGAGAAGUGGACCUAUGACGUUCCUGAUGACGGCUAUGAGCGGGUCCGGGUCCGUUUGGACCACGGUGGGGGGGUUCUGUCCUUUUUCCUGCUGACUGAAACAGGGCCGAGUCACGUUCACACCUUCAGAACCGAGUUCACCGAGGCGCUCUAUCCGGGUUUCUGCGCUCGCUCCACCGCCAGCUACGCUGGGUUCUGCUGAGGCCCACCGGGCCAGAACCAGAACCUCCAUGGGGUUCAGAGGAACCACCUCAAACUGGGCCAGAACCCCUGAGUGAGCAGAAACCAAGUCUUGUUCCAAUUAGGACCGGACCGGUUCGGUUCUGAACAAUGACCCGAGUUAAGGCGGAUCCAGAUAAGCCCUGAAACCGUCAACAUCAGAACCCGGCCUUGUUGCUGUUUGUUUCCGGAUG